AUGGGCUCGACGUUCAGAGAUCGUACGUCGGAGUUUUAUUCUCUAUCUCAAACGUUGAAGAAGAUCGGAGCGAUCCCGUCCGUUAAUCAAAACGAAGAUGAUCCGGCAACUUCCAAACGGUCGCCGCCGGUAACUUCAAGAUCCGAAUUCAACACGAAAGCUUCCUGGAUCGGGUUACGUAUCCACGAGACGUCUCAGAAGAUCGCGAGACUCGCUAAAUUAACGUUUCUGAAUCAGAUCUUCCUUGAAGCAAGAAAUGAUGCUCAGAAAAUGGAAUAUGUUACUUGCUGGGGAAGUCAUUUGUGUUUGAAUCUUGAAAUGAUUCUAGUUUUUGUUAACCUGAAUCUUGAUUAUGAAUUUGCAGUGGCAAAACAAUCGUCGAUAUUCAAUGACCGGACUGUGGAAAUACAGGAGUUAACCGUGUUGAUCAGGAACGAUAUCACGGGGCUGAAUAUGGCUCUCUCGGAUCUGCAAACCCUUCAGAACAUGGAGAUGGCUGAUGGGAACUAUUCACAGGACAAAGUUGGUCACUACACUGCUGUUUGUGAUGACUUGAAAACCAGACUUAUGGGAGCUACAAAGCAACUUCAAGAUGUUCUAACUACGAGAUCAGAGAACAUGAAGGCUCAUGAAAACCGGAAACAACUCUUUUCCACGAAAAACGCAGCAGUAGAUAGUCCGCCUCAGAAUAGUGCGAAAUCCUUACCCGAGCCUCCUCCUUGGUCAAGUACAUCAAAUCCUACCGGGAAUUUACAACAACCACUAUUGCCGCCAAUUAAUAGUGGAGCUCCUUCAGGCAACCAACUUAGACGAAGAUCCGCAAUUGAGAAUGCUCCUUCGCAGCAAAUGGAGAUGUCUAUGUUACAGCAGACGGUACCAAGGCAGGAGAAUUAUAGUCAAAACCGAGCUGUUGCGCUUCACAGUGUUGAAUCAACAAUAACAGAGCUCAGUGGAAUAUUCACGCAUCUAGCUACAAUGGUCACACAACAGGGAGAGCUAGCUAUCAGAAUCGAUGACAAUAUGGAUGAAUCGUUAGUUAAUGUAGAGGGAGCACGCAGCGCUCUUCUCCGACAUCUCACACGAAUUUCUUCAAAUAGAUGGCUCAUGAUCAAGAUCUUCGGGAUUAUCAUCUUGUUCCUGAUUGUUUUCCUCUUCUUUGUGGCUUGA